GGCCGGUCUGACAGGCGUCAAAGACGGUUACUUGCGUUUUGUGUUGAAAGCAUGGGAUCCGACUGACCGUUCGGGCCGCACCGUCCGACUGGCCCUGGUCGAGUAUCCGUCGACCGCGGAAAAGGCCAUGCAGGGAACCGGGUUCGAAGUGGUAGUGCCAGCUACUGCGUUUACCGCGGCCAGUCCUGUCUACAUGGAUUUAUCGUGGAACAACGGGUUCGUCGUGCUCACGGCCACUGCCGGCGGACACACCAAGGAAGUGUUCAGCCAAGAGCUAGACGCCACCACACUACCGCUAUUGCCCAUCUCGUACCUGAGUAUUUCCGGUGUGGCGGCCGUCGUCGGAUAUCCUCAUUGUACAGCCGGAUGUGAAGAACACGUAACUAACAACGAAGGAAAUUAUAGAAUUUGGCCUUUGAGAAGAACAGAAUUUUUCGGUACUGAACUAAUAUUCUCCAUCCGCGCUGUGCUGUCGGCGUCCAUUACUUAUUAUACAGCUCCUUCAAAACAUGUGCCGAGGCUUAAUAUCACUCUACAGGCUCGACCUUUAAGUCAAAUAAUUAUUUCUUACUUGGAAACAACGACAGGUGAAGAACAAGAAGUGUAUCGACAAUCUUUAGACGCUGAGCGAAUCUUUUCUUAUUGGACAUGGCAUCAAUAUACAAUCACUAUUUUAGAUAAAAAGUUGCAAGUUCAAAAGCUAAACAAACAUAACAAAACGAUUACGUUGUUAAGCAUAACAGAUUACAAAUUUCAAUUUUUCCACUGGUUCGGUAUCGGCUCAAAGACCGUAGCACACUGGACACUUUAUUGCAGCGGACCCGGGAGUGAGUGUUGUCGAUUUGCCAACAAAAAACGGGACGAGGAUUUUAAAUUGCGUUAAUCACCACACAGACUACCCUUUGCCCGUGGCCGAGUUACCGGAAUGUACGAUUUCGGAAAUGGCUAGCGAGUACAGAGGAUCUAAGUGGAUCACCGAAGACGGUCAACAGUGUCUUCCUUGGAACAUCACUUCUGUGCGAAAAAAAGUAAAAGAAAAGCAAUUGGUGGACGGCAGUUAUGCGGCGGCCAAGAACUAUUGUCGGAAUCCGACUAAUGACCCCAAAGGUCCGUACUGUUACGUGGCCACCGCAGGGACUAUAGUGCUGAAACGACAGUGUCGGAUUCGGAAGUGCAGAAAUACGGGUAAACAGCCGUGGUGUAUAAUACAACGUUGUUAUUUACUUAAAAAUUUUAACCGUGAACUAUUGUUGCCCGUUGGUAAGAAUGUCACGUCGCUGGAGUGGCUACCGACUACGUCGGCACUUUGAAUAAGACCAUAUCGAACCGCACGUGUUUGAAGUGGACCAAGAGGGCCAAUUUGAAAUAUUUUUUCCCAGAUAGAUCUACAAAGGACGCGUCCAACUAUUGUCGGAAUCCAACGAGAGAACCCACCGGAGUUUGGUGUUACACCGGAGACAAUGCUGAGACGGAUCUGUGCGACGUACCCAGUUGUACGGUCGACGAUUCUGAAGCGUUGUUGGUUGGCGGUGAGGCCGGUAGGAACGUGCACUGGAUAUACGUGAUGCCCGAAUGGAGGGUAACGGGAAUGCGAGUUCGACUUAAGUAUUGGAUGCCAACCGUAUACGAAGGAGUAGCGCUUUACUUCAAGAGUUUUGACGAGGCUGCUGGAUACGAUGUCCUUGAAUUGGGUGCCGAAAAAAACGAAAAGCUCAAACUUUACAAGACGGACGGAUCGGGUGAUAGGAGUCGAGUAAAAGAACAGGUGUUUCCGCACUUGUUGUUGGCCGGAAAAUGGAGAGAGUUCCGGUUUAACAUGGACGCAUCCGGUUCGGUGGAAAUGCGUUCGGAAGACGACGAGGCGACAAUAAUGCAAUGGUCGAGGGACGAUCACUUGCCCUCAAAGAACAAACGCAUCGUGUUUGUCGGAGUAUCAUCCAUUGAUGAGGGUUAUGUCGGCAUUGUUUGACUCAUAUUUCGACAUCCGAAGAGUUUUCCGUUUACUUACCGAUUAACUUUCAUUCGGCCGCGAGUCUCGGAGAAGCUGAAAACAAAAUUAAUUUUUACAUGAGACACCAAGGAACAACACGAAUAGCGCUGAUACAACAGCGAUUGGACAGGCGUUAUGAACUGGAAAUCCAAAGCAACAGAGUCACGUUUUCGUGGUGGUCCAAAGACGUGCCACCAAAAGUAUUGGGAGUACAUGAAUUCGAAUCCGACGUGAUCAAACAUAACUCGUGGAGCGAUAUUGAUUUAAAGUGGACCGAAUCAACCUUGCGGUUCAAAUGUUACGUAGGUUUGCGAAUUUGGACUUUGCCGGCGGAUUCGGCCCCGCUGUUGGUCCGGUACUUCUCAAUAGCCAACCGGAAUGGUCGAACCACGUGGACCGUCAACUGUGACCCACCCGAAAUAGAUGGAAAGCCCAGAGACGGCGGAUGGAGUGAGUGGAGCGAAUGGCAGUAUUGCUCCAAGACGUGUGGCACCGGGAUGGGAACCCGAAGUAGACAAUGCAAUCAACCUAAGCCAAAUAUGUUUGGAAAACCCUGUACCGGGCCGUCCGUAUCGAAAGGCCAGUGUAACGUGCACGAGUGCGGUCAGUUAUCCGAAAAAGCUAUCAAGGCGGUGAACGAUAGGCUAAGGAAUCAAACACACAACGUGAGGGCCAUCGAGGGCGACACGUUGUCGUUGUCGUGUGAUAAGCAUAUCGUCGAGAUCGUCAAAAGAGACUUGGUAAAUCCCAAAUUCAAGUGGCUUAAGAACGGUAGACUGUUGGCUGGUAAUAAGAAAAUGGUCGAAGAUCGCGAAAGCUGUAAACUAGUGAUUCCAAAAUGCUCGUAUAAAAAUGCUGGAGUGUACGCGUUUACAGUACAGCCACCCGAGUCGCAAAUAGUCGUCUUAAAAUUGUUUGCAGUGACUAUCAAACAAAAACCCACGUCAGUCUAUCUGGGAGAUAAAAUUCAAGUGCAGUGCAAUGCAGUCACGUUAGGAUAUUUUUUCGGGGGUUUGUCCCAACAAUGGAUACUGAACGAUAGUUUUAUAAUCAAAGACUAUGGAAUUACUACAUUAGCGGUUGUCGACGUAGACACCAUAACCGUAGAAAAACUGAAUUUCCAAGGCACUUGGACUUGCGUUGUCCGACACGCGAAAAUGAACAGCACUUGGACGACUGAAAUAAGAUAUAUUAAAAUUAUAGGUCCGUCGACUGCGUGGACGCGGUUAAUGCAAGACCCCAUGAUAAAAAUGAUAUUUUGGAAAGUCAAUUCACCAAUAAUAAUGGUUAGAAUAUGCGUAGUAUUGAUUAUGAGCGUGUGCUUAUGUACCUGGGGUGGAGCUUGUGUAUUUAACAGAUGGCGCAAGCAGCCAACGAAAAAGAACAAUACACGAUGAAAAUUAUUUGGUCGCGUUAUCAAUUACUCACAGAACUUUUCUUUAUGAAAAAUUAAUUUUAACCAUUAAUCCUGGUUCUAUUACUUGAUUUUCCACUUGUAAAAUGGACAGUUUGAUAAGUUGGUUUGUUUAUUU